AUGCAUACACCAACUAGUUUCGACCAAACCGAUCGCUCCGGAACCGCCCCAGCCCUCCGCUACGAUGACACUGGCCCCUUAGCCGGUGUUCUAUCACGUAAUGAGAUUGUAGCAGAAUAUGAUAAUGGGAUGACUGCUAUACUCCAACAAAGCCUAUCCGACAAGCAACCCAUACAUUUCAUGCCUACUGAAGUUAGUGAUGAUACCUCCGAAUAUGUAAAUGGUGUCUCCUCCUAUAUUUUGCGUAUUACUGGUACUUUGAUUAAUGGACAAAAAGCAGUCGUAAAAAUUACAGGCAUUAAGCUUUUCUUUGAUGUCGAAGUACCUGAAGAGAUGUCCCUAUCUACGUUUAAGACCAGAUUAGUAAAUAUAUUAUCCAAUACUCUCAAAGGUACAUCAAAAUUUGGGAUCGAGAAUAUUAGUGCUUUCCCACUUCAAGGAUAUUAUACAGAGAAAAAAUCAUAUAUACGUGUUAUUACUUGGAAUCAAUUUGACCGGUAUAAUUUGUUAAAGGCAGUUCGUGAAGUCUGUAUCUGUACAGCUUCUGAUGAUCUAACCCCAAUAUAUUAUUACCGCAAAGUAGCCCGUGAAAAAAGAUUACCUCUUUCAAGUUGGGCAACUGAGGACGAUUAUAAUAAUCCAUUAUUCUCCUCGACCCUUUCACGGGAUCGAACUCUUGUUCUCACAUGGGAUAUAGAGACAUAUAGUUCGCUUGGUUUAGGUAAAUUCCCUACUGCGCAGAGCGAUGAAUCUAACGUAUUUAUGAUUUGUAUGACAGUUCAUUGGAAAGAUGAUCCCGAACCGUUAAAACAAAUCUGUCUUGUCGAUAUUGAAACAGCGCCAGAUCCGCGAUGGAUUACAAUCGUAUGUGGAUCCCAGACUAAUUUACUAAAGGCUUUUGCACUAUGUUGGAAGCUUUUAGCUCCAGAUAUACACAUAGGUUUUAAUGAUUCACAAUAUGAUUGGAGAUUUAUUGUGGAGAAGGCGAAAAAAUUAGGGGUUCUCGAAUGGGUGUUCAAUCAAAUGUCAUUAAAGUAUUCAAGCCUCGAAAAAAUUACAAAAUGGCAAUACCAAUAUAACGCAAUAAAGGUUAAUGAUAUACCAUUUCAUUCAAAGCAUCUCAAAAUCCCAGGAUGCGUAGCUAUCGAUGUCCGACCUUGCUUUAUGAAAUUUUAUUCUAAGGCCGAAAAGAGUAGUUUAGCAUUCUACCUAAACGAAUGUGGGCUCGAAAGUAAAUUGGAUAUGCCUUUCAACCGCAUGUUCAAGUAUUACAGAAAUGCACUAAAAGAGGCUGAUGCCACAACGGCUGAACAAAUGCGCGAAAUAGCCGAAUAUUGUAUCAUUGACGCUCUUAGUUGCCAGCGGUUAAUGAUUAAGCACAAUGUAAUUAAUGAGUACAGGGAGGUUGCGAGCAUAGCAUUUAUAUCGUUAUUUGAUGCGCAUUAUUUUGCAAUAGGAAUGAAAGUGAGCAAUCUUUUAAGUGCUAGUGCAUGGCGGGAAGGGAUUUUAACCAGUACAAUUUCAGAACGAACGGAAACAGAAUCAUUCCCGGGUGCCUACGUCUUCCCACCAAUAAAGGGGCUCGAAAAUAAACGUCCUCGUGCUGAACAAAGUGGUAAAAAACUCCACGAAAUUAGUUUUAAAUUCAAUAAUCAGGAUUGUCUCGCAUGGUCUAUAAGGCAUAAUAACACUCCUGAAGAAAAGGGUCUCUACGUUACUAUAUUGGAAUAUUUAUCUAUCAAACGGAAUGAGAUAAAGGAACGCCUUGCCCCUGUGAAAGAAAAAAAGGAAGAUAUGGAACUGGUAAUAGGUUUAAUGGGUAAAGAUUUGUCACUACCAGAAGCAAUUGAGCACAUUUUAGCAAAAGCGGGGGAGAAAAAACGUGCCAGCCUUAACAAAAAUCUAUACCAUUUUAUUAAUAAAGAAAAGCAUGAAUUCAUGACAGAAUAUGAUUCAGUUUGUUUUGUUUAUUCUUGCUUAGAUGCGAAACAAAAUGCUCUUAAGGUGUACAUGAAUACAUUUUAUGGCACCGCUGGGGAUAGUAAAUCUCCCUUCUUCUUGCGAGCACUGGCUGGGGGCAUCACAUCAGCUGGACAGAGAAAUAUCAAACUUGUCGCAAAUUUCGUUAAAAGUAGGGAUUUUCAGAUAAAAUAUGGUGAUACUGAUUCAUUGUAUCUAGUUCCUCCAGAAAGGUACUUUCAAGAAUGCGAUGAGGCAUAUGACAGCGGUAAUGGUGGGAUCUCGAAAGAAGAAUAUUGGUCUAGAAUGGUAAAAAUCUCUAUGGAAGAGAUGGAGAAACUCCGCGACGAAGUUAAUGACUUUUUUAAAAAAGAUAAUGGAUCGUCGUAUCUUAAAAUGGCAUAUGAGGAAGUUUUAUUUCCGGUAGUAUUUACUGGAAAGAAAAAAUACUACAGCAUUCCACAUGAGAGUGAGCCAAAUUUUAAUAAAGAGCUUUUCAUUCGGGGAAUUGAGACUGUAAAACGGGGUCAGUCUGGCAUUUUCCGCAAAAUAGGAAAACGUAUUAUGGAAGAGUCUACGAGGGUAAACAAUACACGUACCUUGCAUCAGGUUGUAGAGGACGUGCUCAAAGAGACUGUAAAGGAUAUUUCGCAGACAAAUCUUAAUGAAAUAAUAAAAACUGCUGUGUGGAGGCCCGAUAAAAAUAACAAGAGUGUACAGCGCUUCAUUUCACGAAUGCGGGAUAGACAUACCCGUGAAGAAGCGGACGCCAAACGGCUCAUAAAAAAGGGUCUAACACCCAAGGCUUAUCUUUAUGAAAUCCCAGAGCCAGGCGAGCGGUUUGAAUAUGUUGUAGUUGAGAAUGAUUCAUCACAGAAGGUAGGUGACAAAAUGGAGUACCCAGAAGUGGCAAGACAUCUUGAUAAAAAGAUCGAUAUUAACUAUUAUCUGAAAAGUGUUGUCGGGCUCUGUGCGCGAUUUAUAAACUAUGAUGAUAGACACCAGCCAUCAUCUGAAAUUGUGCUGGAAGCCUUAAAAAAGUUAAAAGAUGGUAAUAAAGUGGGUGAAAAUAAAGCGGAUGACAGUAGAGUGGAUGAAGACGACCUGGACGAAGAUGAAGAGGAAGAAGACGAAAUGGAUGGGGAUGAGGUAUCAAAAAUAAGAGAUACCUUAGCGCAGAAAUCGGCUGAAAAAUGGAUUAGGGGGUAUAUCAAAAACCUACGUGAUGGUCCGAAAAAAGAUAAAACCAUCAUUUCUCAUUUAUGGGAAGGGGCACGCAUUUACGCGAAAAAAUUAUUUGAUACUACUUAUGCCGACAAGGGAGAACACCUGACUAACAAUGAUUAUUACCAAUCCUUCCUCAAUGUGCUAGAUAAGCAAGAAGAAUCUAUCCGCUUAAAACUUUCAUCAUUGCUUAAAGAAAUUUCCGAGGUUGAUAUAGGGUAUAGAGAAAGUAUGUAUAAAUUAGUUACUAAGAAGCGAGCAAUGUCCUUAGAACAAUAUUUAACAUCAUAUUAUUUGGAUGAGUUCUUUAUUGGUAUAAUGGCUGAACUACGUGAUCAAGUAUCCCAGUACAUAGGAUUCGAACCAAAUGAAAUUCACCUCCCGAUCACAGAAGAGGAUAGGUGGCUAUUUAGUAAGAUAAUAGCAGAUCAGGAAGGAAUGGCAGAUAUCGUAAUGGGUGACUAUCAAUUUUUACAACGUUAUGGGCAUAAUGGUAAGGGAGGUAUUAGCCCGCAUUCAAAAAAGAUUCGAAGGAGUCCCACUAGCGCCAGUACUUAUACGGUAGUCGAUUAG